GGUUUGCCUUUGUCGUUCUGCUCAGCUAUAAGAAUCUGGAUACUCUGAAGGACAGUUUUUCUCAUCAGAGCCAGCAGCUCAUGUCCAGUGCUGUGACGGUGUCCGUUAGCAACUCCAACACAACAAACCUGCCCCAACCGGUUAAUCUCACCUUCAAUCACCUGCAGGUAACACUUGUGUCUCUUCUUAAUAGUCUCUGGCUGUCAGUAAAACAUGUUUUUCAUUUAUAUAUUUUGCAUGAAGUCAAAUUUUUUCCCGAAUUGACUGAGUGAAAAUGGAAUGAACCCCAACUCAUAUAUACACUGUAUCCUAGUCCAGUGAUGUUGACCCCACCUGUGUUUAUUGGUCGGAUGAGAAUGGACCGGGGGAGUGGUCUGGGCGGGGUUGCACUUCAGUGAUGUCAAACUCCACCCACACUGUGUGCUCCUGCAACCAUCUCAGCACAUUUGCUCUGCUGAAGGGAAUCCAUCAGAAAAAGGUGAUGAUAAAACUAACCAGUUUCCAUCCAACUUUUUUAUGCGAGUAAAGUAUAUGUCGGAUAAAAAAUUUAAUAACAGAACUGAUGGAAACAGAAAAUGUUUUGGUAAACUUUCAAAAUGUCAAGAAAACAAAAUACGCUAGACAAGGUGGGAUCUUUUUGUUUCGGUAAAAAUAAUUAUGCAAGAAAUGUAGGUGGAAACGCUUUUAUGCGUAAAUAUUGAUAUAAUAACCAUCAUAUCGAAGUACAUUUAGAGUCACGCUAUGACGUGUGUGGUCCUCCCUCUACGACUCGUCAGGAAAGCAUGCAGUUUAUUAGGCACCAGAUUAAAUACAUUUAUGAUGAACUUCACAAGGUGGUAAAUGUGCAAGGUCAUGAGCUCUCCAAUAAAUAUCGAGGGUCUUAUUCUGGUGACAUGAUCAUCGAUGCUUGGCUGCAGUUUGACAAAUAAAACAAUCUCGCUUUUUUGUCCAUAAUAAUCUCAUCAUGUAGGCUAUACGUGCACUCUAGCCAACAGCGCACAUAUACUUAUCCAUAAACAGCGCUGUGGACUAGAGCGCAGGUGCCAAUACCGGAGUGGGCACACUUCCAAUAUCAGUAGAGUUGAAAAUGCCAUCGAAAGCCAUUAAACUUUUUUUUGGUACAUGGGAAUUUAACCGCAAAGUGUAUUUGUAUGUGCACUAUGUCAUCACGCACAGCCCUUUAUCUGUCAAUUUGAUGGAAACACCUCUCUGUUGGAAAAAUUGUAGUGUUUUAAAGCGCAUUUUAGAAUAUUCCCAUGUAAAUCUGUCGCCAAUUGGAUGGAAACAUAGUUAGUGUAGCACAUCUGAAGGGGGAGAAAAUAUAUUCCCUGAUAUCUGUGUCAGAGACUUCCUUUGGUUCCACUGGAAAUGUUCAUGUUCUAAACUGCUAAAUGUAAGUGUUUGAUGCAUAUGUCAUAUUAUUUAAGUAUUUGAUGCAUUUGUCACAUUAUUUAGGAGAGUUUGAUGCUUGUUGAGUGCUGAUGUUGUUUUGUUCAUACUGUCUAGAUGGUGUGUCUAAUGCUUGUUAUUCCUCGUUGGCAGAGAAGCGGCCAGCUGUCGGUGGUGAUGUGGGUGGGCAUUUCUGUGGCACUGGCCUUUGUGGUCCUGUCCCUGAUCACGAUCCUCUGGUGUCGCAAUUUCAGCCGCAAACGCCGUGGAGGACACCGGCUGCAACAUGAUGUACAGCUCCAUAGCAAAUAAGACAUGGAUUUGAACUAUUGGUGUUAUAAGAAAAGCUUUACUUGGAAUCCAUUUGCAACAUUGUCUCUUGGCUUGCAAGGACAUCCAAAUGCCAGCAUUUUUUAUUUAAUUAAGUAGUAUAAAAAUGUAUCAAACAAACAAAAAUAUAAGAACACAUAACUUUAUGUUAAUAGAUAUACAAUAUCUCAUGUAUAUAACGCUUAAAAGUUCCAGACUGUAACGGCAGAGCUCUCAUCUCUAUGGCAAAAUAUAUAAGUCAUUUUAGUCUCAUAAGCAUGGUCUGUAAUUUGUAGCAUACAUUUUUCUAGAAUAGUGGUAUAUCCACUCAAACCUGUAUUUGUCCAGUAUCAUGCCACUUGGUUGUUGUUGUAACUGAGUUAUUUUAAGUGAAAGUAAUAUUUGUCCUGUGUAUUAAAACGUAUUUUAAUCCAAAAAUCAUCUUGCUAUUAUUUGCUCCAUUCUGAUUCAAAUAUCUAAAUAUGAGCUGUCCAUUUCUUAAAAACUAAAGCACUACACCAUACUGAAAGUACAAUGAAUUUGAUCAUUGCACACCCAAUUUGAUUUUUUUUGCCUCAGUAGGCUUGCCCACAUGGUGUAAAGACUUCCAAACACCCAAACUGACUUAAAGGCCCAGUGCUGUCAAAAACAUGAUUUUCCUGUGUUUUAUAUAUAUUUAAACACUGUGAGGUUGGAAUAAGACUGUGAAAUUGUGAAAACUAUGAUAAUGCCCUUUUAGUGUAAGAGCUGUUUGAAAAGACAGUCUGAAAUGUCAGCCUGUUUUGGUGGGAUGGAGUUUUGGCUUGCCUUGUGCAAGAUAUUUUGAAAGGGGAGAGACAAAGAUAAGUAGCGGUGCUUCAUAGUGAAAUAUGGAUUCUAAGUCAACUUUUUCAUAAGUCAGCUGGUUUAAGUGGCCCUGUUGAUAAGCAAUCAAUAGUGUCUAUACUGUGCAUGUUGGUGUUUUAGAUCAAUAUAGGGAAUGUCAAUCUUGGAGGGAGAUAGACCCUCUAUACUAGAGUCUAAUUAAGGGAUGCAACUCAUCCUGCGAUAUGGCUUUUUCUUUGCAACUCUGCCUAGAAGGUCAGCAUCCCGGAGUCAUCUCUUCACUGUUGACAUUGAGACUGGUGUUUUGCGGGUACUAUUUAAUGAAGCUGCCAGUUGAGGACAUGUGAGGCGCCUGUUUCUCAAACUAGACACUCUAAUGUAUAUAGGGAAUGUCAAUCUUGGAGGGUCUAUCUGGAGAUAAACCCUCUAGACUAGAGUCUAAUUCAGGGAUGCAACUCAUCCCUGAUCAGUGUCUGCUGGUUUUCAUGCUUCCCUUUUAAUCAGAAACCGAAUUAUUGUACCUGGGUGAAAUCUAGUAAGUAAGUGGGUGCAAAUAAGUGGGUGCAAUCCCUGGCCAAACGAGGGAAGAUGAACUGGAAUUGUGUACCUCCUCUAGAUAGACCAUCAUUUAGGAAAGUGGAAGCGGUCUACGCGAAACUAGACAAAUCAACCUGAUGCGAAUUGCUAUUGAAUUUAUCUUCUUGUGAUACCCAGACAGUCCCUCUUUGUUUUUGACCUAAAAUAAAAAUACAUUGCUAGUCAUGGUGAACUAUUGUUACUUCCCUGUGAGUGUGGGAACAUGCAUGAGGUUACCAAAUUAUUCUUUAGAACUUGUCACACCCUGGCUAUGGGACUCUAGUUGUUGAGCCAGGGUGUGUUUGUUCUAUGUGGUGUGUUUCUAUGUUGGGGGUUCUAGUUCGUCUAUUUCUAUGUUUUGCCUGAGUGACUCCCAAUCAGAGGCAACGAGUGUCAGCUGUUGGCUGGUUGUCUCUGAUUGGGAGCCAUAUUUAAACUGUCUGUUUUUCCCUUUGUGUUUGUGGGUUUUUGUUCCGUGUUCGGUCUUCGAUACCGUGGACUUCACGAGUCGUUUCUUGUUUUGUAUUGUGUUUACGCUUUAACUAAUUAAAGUAUGUUUGUUCAUCACGCUGCGCAUUGGUCUCUCCCUGACGAUCGUGACAGAAAAACCCACCAUACCAGGACCAAGCAGCGUGUCCAGGAGCAGGCAGCCUGGACAUGGGAGGAGAUAUUGGACGGGAAAGGGUCCUGGACCUGGGAGGAGAUCCUGGCCGGGAUGGAUCGCCGGCCAUGGAGUGAGACAGUUGAGAGGCGACGGAGAGAGGAGCAACGGCGUAAGCAGUGUCAGCGUCGGACGGUCGAGAGGCAACCCCAAAAAAUGUUUAGGGGGGACACACGGCAGGGGCGACUGGGCAGCAGGAGCCUGCCACAGGGCGAUUAGGUGAGGAGGCCACCAGGUUAAGGGGGCUACUGGCCCAGGGGGAGCAGGAGCUAGUGUUGCAGAGGAUGGAGCUAUUGGAGGCGAUAAGGGAAAGGGUGAGAAAUGAGGCACGGCGAGAGGAACUCGGUAGGCAGCUGAGGGAGCGGAGGGUUAUGAUGAAACCCAGUCCCGCUCCUCACACCAAGCAAGUGGUGUGCGUCACCAGUCCGGACCGGCCCGUUCCUGCUUCCCGCACUAAGUGUACGGUGCACGUCGCCAGCCCAGCCCGGCCUGUUCCUGUCCCUCGCACCAAGCCUACGGUGUGCGUCGCCAGCCCGGCCCGGCCUGUUCCUGCCCCUCGCACCAAACCUACGGUGUGCGUCGCCGGCCCAGCCCGGCCCGUUCCUGCUUCCCGCACUAAGUGUACGGUGCGCGUCGCCAGCCCGGCCCGGCCUGUCCCUGCUCCAUGCACCAAGCCUACGGUGUGCGUCGCCAGCCCGGCCCGGCCUGUCCCUGCUCCACGCACCAAGCCUAUGGUGUGCGUCGUCAGCCCGGCCCGGCCUGUCCCUGCUCCACGCACCAAGCCUACGGUGUGCGUCGCCAGCCCAGCCCGGCCUGUCCCUGCUCCAUGCACCAAGCCUACGGUGCGCGUCGCCAGCCCGGACCGGCCUGUUCCUGCCACUCGCACCAAGUCUACGGUGCGCGUCGCCAGCCCGGCCCGGCCUGUUCCUGCUACUCGCACCAAGCCAGGGGUGCGAGUCAUCAGCCUGGUCCAGCCCGUUCCUGCUACUCGCACCAAGCCAGGGGUGCGAGUCGUCAGCCUGGUCCAGCCCGUUCCUGCCACUCGCACCAAGCCAGGGGUACGAGUCGUCAGUCCGGUGAGGCCCGUUCCGGCUCCACGCACCAAGCCAGGGGUGCGCAUCGUCAGCCCGGUCCGGCCCGUCGCUGCUCCACGCACCAAGCCAGGGGUGCGAGUCGUCAGUCCGGUGAGGCCCGUUCCGGCUCCACGCACCAAGCCAGGGGUGCGCAUCGUCAGCCCGGUCCGGCCCGUUGCUGCUCCACGCACCAAGCCAGGGGUGCGAGUCGUCAGUCCGGUGAGGCCCGUUCCGGCUCCACGCACCAAGCCAGGGGUGCAUAUCGUCAGCCCGGUCCGGCCCGUUGCUGCUCCACGCACCAAGCCAGGGGUGCGCAUCGUCAGCCAGGUCCGGUCCUUUCCUGCCUCACGCACCAAGACAGGGGUGCGCGUCGUCUGUCCGGCACAACCCGUGCCUGGGUCACCGGUGCCUAACCAGGUACCGGUCAACGGCUCCACUACGGAGUUGAAGCUAACCGCUCCUGCUACGUCCAGUCCAGCUCCAGCCAGCGGGGCCAGACCGGACCAGGGGCGCUAUGGGGGGUUUGUUGGAGGGUGGGUGGGCAAGCCCGGAGCCAGAACCGCCGCCGAGGAGGUAUGCCCACCCAGCCCUCCCCUGUUUUGCUCUUUUUGAGGCGCGGUCGCAGUCCGCGCCUUUAGGGGGGGGGUACUGUCACACCCUGGCUAUGGGACUCUAGUUGUUGAGCCAGGGUGUGUUUGUUCUAUGUGGUGUGUUUCUAUGUUGGGGGUUCUAGUUCGUCUAUUUCUAUGUUUUGCCUGAGUGACUCCCAAUCAGAGGCAACGAGUGUCAGCUGUUGGCUGGUUGUCUCUGAUUGGGAGCCAUAUUUAAACUGUCUGUUUUUCCCUUUGUGUUUGUGGGUUUUUGUUCCGUGUUCGGUCUUUGAUACCGUGGACUUCACGAGUCGUUUCUUGUUUUGUAUUGUGUUUACGCUAUAACUAAUUAAAGUAUGUUUGUUCAUCACGCUGCGCAUUGGUCUCUCCCUGACGAUCGUGACAGAACUAAAGACAAACUGACGUGUGACACCGCCUGGUAGAGAUUCUAUUCCUCCUGAUUGUGGGUCAGUCAAUUUUCUGCUUUUUAUUUGACCAACACAUCAUCAUUGAGUCUACUUAAAACCUAUAUAAUAUAUGUAUGUAUGUGUGCAGUUCAACCUUUGUUUUAUGUCCACAUUUAGCGCUACUCAAGGACCAAGGAGCAAGAGUUACUAGAUGUGUGAAUUGUAUUGGUAAUGAUGGAGAAUAUGAUUAUAUUUUCAUGUGUAGUAUUUUGCUUUACUAAUGUACUUUGAUCAGGAAUGUUGACCUCUGAUAAUCUCCAGCAUUAAACAGACCUUGUUUAGGAACAUUCAACACUAUGUACUGUUUAGUAGUGAUAUAUUUUUUCAGAACAUAAUGUGUCCUCCUUCCAGAGUGCAAAGAACCUUGGCGUGACCCUGGACAAGAACCUGUCGUUCUCCGCUAACGUCAAAGCGGUGACCCGAUCCUGUAGAUUCAUGCUCUACAACAUUCGCAGAGUACGACCCUACCUUACACAGGAAGCGGCACAGGUCCUAAUCCAGGCACUUGUCAUCUCCCGGGGGUACCGUCACGACUUCCUCCGAAGCUGCCUCCCCUCCUUGUUUGGGCAGGCUUAGGCGUUUGUCAUCACCGGCCUUCUAGCCACUGCCGCUCCAUAUCUCAUCAUUCCAUUUGUCUUGUCUUGUCAAUUACACACACCUGGUUCAUAUUCCCCUCAUUAGUACAUGUAUAAGUUUGCAGCCGAGCGGAAAUGGAGGAAAACUAGACUCCCUGUGGACCUGGCAUCUUUUCACUCCCUCCUCUCUACAUUUUCUUCCUCUGUUUCUGCUGCUAAAGCCAAUUUCUACCACUCUAAAUUCCAAGCAUCUGCCUCUAACCCUAGGAAGCUCUUUGCCACCUUCUCCUCCCUGCUGAAUCCUCCUCCCACUCCCCCCCUCCUCCCUCUCUGUGGAUGACUUCGUCAACCAUUUUGAAAAGAAGGUUGACGACAUCCGAUCCUCGUUUGUUAAGUCAAAUGACACUGCUGGUCCUGCUCACACUGCCCUACCCUAUGCUUUGACUUCUUUCUCCCCUCUCUCUCCAGAUGAAAUCUUGCGACUUGUGACGGCCGGCCGCCCAACAACCUGCCCGCUUGACCCUAUCCCCUCCCCUCCUCUCUUCUCCAGACCAUUUCCUGAGACCUUCUCCCUUACCUCACCUCGCUCAUUAACUCAUCCUUGACCGCUGGCUAUGUCCCUUCCAUCUUCAAGAGAGCGAGAGUUGCACCCCUUCUCAAAAAACCUACACUCGAUCACUCCGAUGUCAACAACUACAGACCAGUAUCCCUUCUUUCUUUUCUCUCCAAAACUCUUGAGACACCCUGUCGUUCUCCGCUAACAUCAAUGCGGUAACCCGAUCCUGUAGGUUCAUGCUCUACAACAUUCGGAGAGUACGACCCUGCCUUACACAGGAAGUGGCACAGGUCCUAAUCCAGGCACUUGUCAUCUCCCGUCUGGAUUACUGCAACUCGCUGUUGGCUGGGCUCCCUGCCUGUGCCAUUAAACCCCUACAAAUCCAGAAUGCCGCAGCCCGUCUGGUGUUCAACCUUCCCAAGUUCUCUCACGUCACCCCGCUCCUCCGCACACUCCACUGGCUUCCAGUCGAAGCUCGCAUCUGCUACAAGACCAUGGUGCUUGCCUACGGAGCUGUGAGGGGAACGGCACCUACAUACCUUCAGGCUCUGAUCAGUCCCUACACCCAAACGAGGACAUUGCGUUCAUCCACCUCUGGCCUGCUGGCCCCCCUACCUCUGCGGAAGCACAGUUCCCGCUCAGCCCAGUCAAAACUGUUCGCUGCUCUGGCACCCCAAUGGUGGAACAAGCUCCCUCACGACGCCAGGACAGCGGAGUCACUCACCACCUUCCGGAGACACUUGAAACCCCACCUCUUUAAGGAAUACCUGGGAUAGGAUAAAGUAAUCCUUCUACCCCCCCCCUUACCCCACCCCCCCAAAAAAAUAACAUAUUGUAAAGUGGUUAUCCCACUGGCUAUAAUGUGAAUGCACCAAUUUGUAAGUUGCUCUGGACAAGAGCAUCUGCUAAAUGACGUAAAUGUAAAUGUAUGUACUAUGGAAUAAACUCUGUCUUCUGCGAUUUACCCUCCUGCGCCUGACUCCUUCAAAUCACACUCUCACAGUUGUGAUGCAGUAGUCACGACCACAAUCUCACAGAACUCAGUUAAAGACUGACUUUCUGACAAAUUAUCCUAUUUACACUUUGUAGCAAAUUUUGACAGUAUAGAAUAAAUGUUUCAGACUCAUAUUAAUGACACAUAGGCUGUUUUCUAAAUGAGAAUUUGGUUUAUAGGGGCGGUUGCUCUUUAUUGAGAAAGAAGUUGCUAGUUAUGAUGAACUAUUGUUACUUCCCUGUGCUUACCACAUGCGUGAGGUUACCAAAUUAUUAUUUAGAAUUCAAGCCAAGCUGACAUGUGACAUUAACUCACUGCCUGUUAGAGAGCAUGGGAGCAAUUAUAUUUCUCCUGAUUCUGGGUCAGUAAAUGUUCAGCUUUUUAUUUGACUAAAAUAUCAUAAUUUAGUCUAUUUAAAAGCUAUAUAUGUAUGUGUGCAGUUCAACCUUUGUUUAUGUCUCCACUUAGCGCUUCUCAAGGACCAUGGUCAUGCUGUCACGAUCGUCGUAGGAGUGAGUAGACCAAGGCGCAGCGUGUGAAACAAACAUUACUUUAAUUCGUUAAAGUAUACCAAACAAAACACGACUCGUGAAGUCCACGGUAAACAAAUACCGACACGGAACAAAAACCCACAACACCCAAGGGAAAACAUACAGUUUAAAUAUGGCUCCCAAUCAGAAUACACAACCUAGAAUACCCAACAUAGAAAAUGAACACAUAGAAUGAACACACCCUGGCUCAACAUAUAGAGUCCCAGAGCCAGGGUGUGACAGUACCCCCCCCUAAAGUCGUGGACUGCGACCGCGCCUCAAUAAGAGCUAAACAGGGGAGGGCUGGGUGGGCAUACCUCCUCGGCGGCGGUUCUGGCUCUGGCCUUGCCCACCACCCUCCAAUCAACCCCCCAUAGCGCCCCUGGUCCGGUCUAGCCCCGCUGGCCGGAGCCGGACUGACGACACGCACCCCUGGCUUGGUGCGUGGAGCAGGAACGGACCGGACCGGGCUGACGAUGCGCCCCCCUGGCUUGGUGCGUGGAGUAGCACCUGGCCGAACCGGGCUGACGAUACACACCCCUGUCUUGGUGCGUGGAUCCGGAACGGGCCUCACCGGACUGACGACUCGCACCCCUGGCUUGGUGCGUGGAGCCGGAACGGGCCUCACCGGACUGACGACUCGCUCCCCUGGCUUGGUGCGAGUAGCAGGAACGGGCUGGACCAGGCUGACGACUCGCUCCCCUGGCUUGGUGCGAGUAGCAGGAACGGGCUGAACCAGGCUGACGACUCGCACCCCUGGCUUGGUGCGAGUGGCAGGAACGGGCUGGACCAGGCUGACGACUCGCACCCCUGGCUUGGUGCGAGUGGCAGGAACGGGCUGAACCAGGCUGACGACUCGCACCCCUGGCUUGGUGCGAGUGGCAGGAACGGGCUGGACCAGGCUGACGACUCGCACCCCUGGCUUGGUGCGAGUGGCAGGAACGGGCUGGACCAGGCUGACGACGCACACCGUAGGCUUAGUGCGUGGAGCAGGGACAGGCCGGACAGGGCUGACGACACACAUCCUAGGCUUGGUGCGUGGAGCAGGGACAGGCCGGACAGGGCUGACGACGCACACCGUAGGCUUGGUGCGUGGAGCAGGGACAGGCUGGACAGGGCUGACGACGCACACCGUAGGCUUGGUGCGUGGAGCAGGGACAGGCCGGGCUGGGCUGGCGACGCACACCGUAGGCUUGGUGCGUGGAGCAGGGACAGGCCGGGCUGGGCUGGCGACGCACACCGUAGGCUUGGUGCGUGGAGCAGGGACAGGCCGGGCUGGGCUGGCGACGCACACCGUAGGCUUGUUGCGUGGAGCAGGGACAGGCCGGGCUGGGCUGGUGACGCACACCGUAGGCUUGGUGCGUGGAGCAGGGACAGGCCGGGCUGGGCUGGCGACGCACACCGUAGGCUUGGUGCGUGGAGCAGGAACAGGCCGGGCCGGGCUGUCGACGCACACCGUAGGCUUGGUGCGUGGAGCAGGAACAGGCCGGACCGUACUGGGAACACACACCACUGGCUUUAAACGGGGAUCAGGAACGGGCCGGAUCGGACCGGACUGGCAAUACACCUCAGUACCUCUCGCCGUGCCUCUACAACUUCCUUCCCUCCUCUCACCAAUGGCUCCCGUAACCCGGUGGCCUUCUCUCCUCGUCUCCUAUUUCGCCCUGUGGCAGCCUCCUGCUGCCCAGUCGCCCAUGCCGUGUGCCCCCCCCUAAAAAAUUAUUGGGGGUGCCUCUCGUCCGUCCGACGAUGGCCCUGCUGACGCCGCUGCUCCUCUCCUGCCUGGGUCUCCCCCUUCAUCGCCUUCCGGUACCGGACGGCCUCCUCCUUCGUAAUCUGCCCCCAGCCGAGGAGGACAUCCACCAGCGUUACCUCCUGCGUGUGUUCCUGGACACGCUGCUUGGUCCUGGUUUGGUGGGUUUUUCUGUCACGAUCGUCGUAGGAGUGAGUAGACCAAGGCGCAGCGUGUGAAACAAACAUUACUUUAAUUCGUUAAAGUAUACCAAACAAAACACGACUCGUGAAGUCCACGGUAAACAAAUACCGACACGGAACAAAAACCCACAACACCCAAGGGAAAACAUACAGUUUAAAUAUGGCUCCCAAUCAGAAUACACAACCUAGAACACCCAACAUAGAAAAUUAACACAUAGAAUGAACAACACCCUGGCUCAACUUAUAGAGUCCCAGAGCCAGGGUGUGACACAUGGAGCUUCACAGAAAGGUGGAGAUGAAGCUAAGGGGAUUUUGUAUUAUGCUAUUUGUGAUGUUAAUGAUGAUGAAGACUGAUGGUGAUAUGAUAUAUUCAUAUGUAAUGUAUUUUAGACUUACAUUUUUUAAAUUAUUGUAUUGUUAGGUUGAUCAGUAAUAUUCACCUAAAUCAGGAAUUUAUAAAUAGCUAAUUUGUUCAUUCUCCAGCAUUAACCAGACCUUGCUCAAGAACAUUCAACACCAUUCACUUCAAGGGGUGUCUUUAUUCAGAAAAUAUUUAUCUAUUUUGACUUAAAUAUGAUCUCUGUCAUAACUUUAAAUACCUAUCUGGCCUUUCUCAUGUAGAUAUAUACGUAGGUUAGUGUAAGGAUGCUGUCUGUAUGAACCUUGUGUGUGUAGGUGAGACAUAACAUUAUUUUCCUCUGAUGUAAAGGGCUUUAAACCAAUAGUCUUAUGGCUACCUUGAGUUUGAGACGAGACAAAACCAGUGCUUUUAAAUGGCCAUGUAACUACAUUACACAUGUCAUAACGUUAUUUUGUAUAUGUUGUGUCAUAUAGAUAUCGAUGAGUGUAGUAACAACUCACUCAUCUGUGGGGACAAUUCAGCUUGUUUCAAUACUGUUGGUAGCUACUACUGUGAGUGUCUUACUGGGUUUAAGGACUUCGCUGGUGCCACUCGACAAUGCUUGGGUAAGAAUUCUGUCUUUAGUAUCAUCCUUAUAAUCAGACACUUUCACCCUCAUCUCUCCAUCUCCACUUCAUCCUCAUCAAUCUCAACACUCUCUUUCUCUUUCAGACAUAGAUGAGUGUGCUGAGAACCAACAUAUUUGUGGGGAAUGGGACAUCUGUCUCAAUCAGGUGGGUAGCUACCAGUGCAAGUGUCCCACAGGAUUCAGUAACUACAACUACAGACGAACUCACUGUGUAGGUGAGAGAAACAAUUAUUAUUGGGUCUUCUUGUAUUGGGUUUUGUCUAAAUAUUCUAAGAUGGCUACCUUAACUUGUCUGUCUUCCAUGUACUGGCUGACUGUACUGAACCACCAUAACAUUCUGUGUUAAGUUUUAUUUACCCCCUGGUCUCCAUGUUAUGUCAUCUAGAUAUCAAUGAGUGUAUGGCCAAUCCACAAAUCUGUGAGGACCAUUCAAUUUGCCUCAAUACCAUUGGCAGUUACUAUUGUGAGUGUCUUCCUGGGUUCACAUUACAGCCCACAAAUAUUGCAACUGGACAGUGUUUGGGUAAGUAUUGUUUAAUGUGUGUGUGUGUGUGUGUUUGUGUGUGUGCACUGUUUCCUUGUCAUCACCCUAAUAUCCAUAUUUCUUCCUCAGGCGACUAACUCAUCUCUCUCUUUCUCUUUCAGACAUUAACGAGUGUAACACAGAAGGAGUAUGUGGAAAGGGGGGCAAUUGCCACAACCUGAAUGGCAGCUACUGGUGCCUGUGUUCUGCUGGAUUUACUAACUUCGGCAACAACCAAACUAAGUGUGUAGGUGAGAGACAAGCACCAUUCCACCUGUCGUCCAUGAUGCACUCCUUUGUCAUGCACGGGUCUGGACAUAGUGUACUGUAGAAGGGUAUUGAGAUAAUAUGUCUCCAUGUUUUUACUUUAGAGCUUAAUUGUGACCAGUAUGAAACACAGCCUGGUCAGGUAAAGUUUUACUUUACAAUUAUUACACUAAGAAUUGAGAAAAGGGUAUUUUUCCUUGAUCUUGAAAUGUUUAAUGCAUUUUUCCCACGGCUGCACAUGCCCCCCCCCUCCCUCCCUCCUAGACUCUACCAGGCUUUGACAGUUUCGUGUCACUGUUGAGAAACAACUGUUUGGUGUUGAGCAACUCUACAUUGCCUGGAACUUCAAGACAGCUGCUGACUGCAAAUGUGCUUUUGACAGUAAGUCACCACACAGAAACACACACACACACACAUGCAACCACACACGUAUAAAACCCUUAUGUCUCUCUUCUCUAGUUACUUGUUAAUACCACUGAUGUUCUUCACCUGGGCGUCCAGUCCAAUGGUGAAGUGACUAAGUUACUGAGGACAAUUGAAAUGUCUAUCAGACUGAUCGCUCCACUGCUGACAGAGAACGUGACCAGGAUAGAGACCAACCACACAAGUAACACACACACACUGAACACACGCUGACCACAUAUUUACCAUUUCCUGACCACAAUCUGAACACCAUACUGACUGUAAAAGGAGCACUAACAAGCACAUUGGAUUGUUACAAUGUUCAAAUCAAAUAAAUGCAAUAUUGGGUUCUUUCAGUAAUGGUGAUUUCUGGUCUGUGUUGAUUUUGUCUAUCUUGAUAAAUAGAGGCUGAGAUUAUGGUGAGGAGAGACAAGACUCCACCUGAAGGACCAGUCAGCCUGACCAAUGAGAACACUCAACUUGACACCACCUGGGAGACGGCGGUUGGAGAUUACCAGAAUUACCCAGGUAGCCGCGGUCCUACAGUACCAAUCAUCUCCUCAAAAUAUUAUUACAGGCACACAUUGAUGGAUUCGCUUGGGAUAUUGUUGCACAUGUUUUUGUAUCAGGCCUUAUGUUUUCUUGUGUUGUUUUUUGUGUGCAGGGUUUGCCUUUGUUGUUCUGCUCAGCUAUAAGAAUCUGGAUACUCUGAAGGACAGUUUUUCUCAUCAGAGCCAGCAGCUCAUGUCCAGUGCUGUGACGGUGUCCGUUAGCAACUCCAACACAACAAACCUGCCCCAUCCGGUUAAUCUCACCUUCAAUCACCUGCAGGUAACACUUGUGUCUCUUCUUAAUAGUCUCUGGCUUUCAGUAAAACAUGUUUUUCCUGAAUUGACUGAGUGAAAAUGGAAUGAACCCCAACUCAUAUAUACACUGUAUCCUAGUCCAGUGAUGUUGACCCCACCUGUGUUUAUUGGUCGGAUGAGAAUGGACCGGGGGAGUGGUCUGGGCGGGGUUGCACUUCAGUGAUGUCAAACUCCACCCACACUGUGUGCUCCUGCAACCAUCUCAGCACAUUUGCUCUGCUGAAGGGAAUCCAUCAGAAAAAGGUGAUGAUAAAACUAACCAGUUUCCAUCCAACUUUUUUUAUGCGAGUAAAGUACAUGUCGGAUAAAAAAUGUCAUGACAGAACUGAUGGAAACAGAAAAUGUUUUGGUAAACUUUCAAAAUGUCAAGAAAACAAAAUACGCUAGACAAGGUGGGAUCUUUUUGUGUCGGUAAAAAUAAAUCUGCAAGAAAUGUAGGUGGAAACGCUUUUAUGCGCAAAUAUUAAUGUAAUAACCAUCAUAUCGAAGUAAAUUUGGAGUCACGCUAUAACGUGUGUGGUUCUCCCUCUAUGUCUCGUCAGGAAAGCAUGCAGUUUAUUAGGCACCAGAUUAAAUACAUUUAUGAUGAACUUCACAAGGUGGUAAAUGUGCAAGGUGAUGAGCUCGAUGCUGCUUUCCAAUAAAUAUCGAGGGUCUUAUUCUGGUGACAUGAUCAUCGAUGAUUGGCUGCAGUUUGACAAAUAAAACAAUCUCGCUUUUUUGUCCAUAAUAAUCUCAUAAUGUAGGCUAUACGUGCACUCUAGCCAACAGCGCACAUAUACUUAUCCAUAAACAGCGCUGUGGACUAGAGCGCAGGUGCCAAUACCGGAGUGGGCACACUUCCUAUAUAACGCAACAGCAACAUUUGUUUUUUGAGAAAACUAUCAGUAGAGUUGAAAAUGCCAUCGAAAGCCAUUAAACUUUUUUUUGGUACAUGGGAAUUUAACCGCAAAGUGUAUUUGUAUGUGCACUAUGUCAUCACGCACAGCCCUUUAUCUGUCAAUUUGAUGGAAACACCUCUCUGUUGGAAAAAUUGUAGUGUUUUAAAGCGCAUUUUAGAAUAUUCCCAUGUAAAUCUGUCGCCAAUUGGAUGGAAACAUAGUUAGUGUAGCACAUCUGAAGGGGGAGAAAAUAUAUUCCCAGAUAUCUGUGUCAGAGACUUCCUUUGGUUCCACUGGAAAUGUUCAUGUUCUAAACUGCUAAAUGUAAGUGUUUGAUGCAUAUGUCAUAUUAUUUAAGUAUUUGAUGCAUUUGUCACAUUAUUUAGGAGAGUUUGAUGCUUGUUGAGUGCUGAUGUUGUUUUGUUCAUACUGUCUAGAUGGUGUGUCUAAUGCUUGUUAUUCCUCGUUGGCAGAGAAGCGGGCAGCUGUCGGUGGUGAUGUGGGUGGGCAUUUCUGUGGCACUGGCCUUUGUGGUCCUGUCCCUGAUCACGAUCCUCUGGUGUCGCAAUUUCAGCCGCAAACGCCGUGGAGGACACCGGCUGCAACAUGAUGUACAGCUCCAUAGCAAAUAAGACAUGGAUUUGAACUAUUGGUGUUAUAAGAAAAGCUUUACUUGGAAUCCAUUUGCAACAUUGUCUCUUGGCUUGCAAGGACAUCCAAAUGCCAGCAUUUUUUAUUUAAUUAAGUAGUAUAAAAAUGUAUCAAACAAACAAAAAUAUAAGAACACAUAACUUUAUGUUAAUAGAUAUACAAUAUCUCAUGUAUAUAACGCUUAAAAGUUCCAUACUGUAACAGCAGAGCUCUCAUCUUUAUGGCAAAAUACAUAAGUCAUUUUAGGCUCAUAAGCAUGGUCUGUAAUUUGUAGCAUUUAUUUUUCUAGAAUAGUGGUAUAUCCACUCAAAGCUGUAUUUUUCCAGUAUCAUGCCACUUGGUUGUUGUUGUAACUGAGUUAUUUUAAGUGAAAGUAAUAUUUGUCCUGUGUAUUAAAAGGUAUUUUAAUCCAAAAAUCAUCUUGCUAUUAUUUGCUCCAUUCUGAUUCAAAUAUCUAAAUAUGAGCUGUCCAUUUCUUAAAAACUAAAGCACUACACCAUACUGAAAGUACAAUGAAUUUGUUCAUUGCACACCCAAUUUAAUUGUUUUGCCUCAGUAGGCUUGCCCACAUGUUGUAAAGACUUCCAAACACCCAAACUGACUUAAAGGCACAGUGCUGUCAAAAACAUUAUUUUCCUGUGUUUUAUAUAUAUUUAAACACUGUGAGGUUGGAAUAAGAUUGUGAAAACUAUGAUAAUGCCCUUUUAGUGUAAGAGCUGUUUGAAAAGACAGUCUGAAAUGUCAGUGGGAUGGAGUUUUGGCUUGCCUUGUGCAAGAUAUUUUGAAAGGGAGAGACAAAGAUAAGUAGCGGUGCUUCAGAGUGAAAUAUGGAUUCUAAGUCAACUUUUUCAUAAGUCAGCUGGUUUAUGUGGCCCUGUUGAUAAGCAAUCGAUAGUGUCUAUACUGUGCAUGUUGGUGUUUUAGAUCAAUAUAGGGAAUGUCAAUCUUGGAGGGUCUAUCUUGGAGAUAAACCCUCUAGACUAGAGUCUAAUUCAGGGAUGCAACUCAUCCCUGAUCAGUGUCUGCUGGUUUUCAUGCUUCCCUUUUAAUCAGAAACUGAAUUAUUGUACCUGGGUGAAAUCUAGUAAGUAAGUGGGUGCAAAUAAGUGGGUGCAAUCCCUGGCCAAACGAGGGAAGAUUAACUGGAAUUGUGUUCCUCCUCUAGAUAGACCAUCAUUUAGGAAAGUGGAAGCGGUCUACGCGAAACUAGACAAAUCAACCUGAUGCGAAUUGCUAUUGAAUUUAUCUUCUUGUGAUACCCAGACAGUUCCUCUUUGUUUUUGACUUAAAAUACAAAUACAUUGCUAGUCAUGGUGAACUAUUGUUACUUCCCUGUGAGUGUGGGGACAUGCAUGAGGUUACCAAAUUAUUCUUUAGAACUGAAGCCAAACUGACGUGUGACACUGCCUGGUAGAGAUUCUAUUUCUCCUGAUUGUGACCAACACAUCAUCAUUGAGUCUACUUAAAACCUAUAUAAUAUAUGUAUGUAUGUGUGCAGUUCAACCUUUCUUUUAUGUCCACAUUUAGCGCUACUCAAGGACCAAGGAGCAAGAGUUACUAGAUGUUUGAAUGGUUUUACUCAACCGUAUCCCAAACCAUGGUUUCUGAAUUGUAUUGGUAAUGAUGGAGAAUAUGAUUCUAUUUUCAUGUGUAGUAUUUUGCUUUACUAAUGUACUUUGAUCAGGAAUGUUGACCUCUGAUAAUCUCCAGCAUUAAACAGACCUUGUUUAGGAACAUUCAACACUAUGUACUGUUUAGUAGUGAUAUAUUUUUUCAGAACAUUAUGUGUCCUCCUUCCAGAGUGCAAAGAACCUUGGCGUGUCCCUGGACAACACCCUGUCGUUCUCCGCUAACAUCAAAGCGGUGACCCGAUCCUGUAGGUUCAUGCUCUACAACAUUCGCAGAGUACUACUCUACUUUACACAGGAAGCGGCACAGGUCCUAAUCCAGGCACUUGUCAUCUCCCGUCUGGAUUACUGCAACUCGCUGUUGGCUGGGCUCCCUGCCUGUGCCAUUAAACCCCUACAACUCAUCCAGAACGCUGCAGCCCGUCUGGUGUUCAACCUUCCCAAGUUCUCUCACGUCACCCCGCUCCUCCGCACACUCCACUGGCUUCCAGUUGAAGCUCGCAUCUGCUACAAGACCAUGGUGCUUGCCUACGGAGCUGUGAGGGGAACGGCACCUCCUUACCUUCAGGUUCUGAUCAGUCCCCACACCCAAAUGAGGACAUUAAGUUCUUCCACCUCUAGCCUGCUGGUCCCCCUACCUCUGCGGAAGCACAGUUCCCGCUCAGCCCAGUCAAAACUGUUCGCUGCUCUGGCACCCCAAUGGUGGAACAAGCUCCCUCACGACGCCAGGACAGCAGAGUCACUGACCACCUUCCAGAGACACUUGAAACCCUACCUCUUUAAGGAAUACCUGGGAUAGUAUAAAAGUAAUCCUUCUACCCCCCCCUUACCCCAAACCCCAAAAAAGAAAACACAUUGUAAAGUGGUUAUCCCACUGGCUAUAAGGUGAAUGCACCAAUUUGUAAGUCGCUCUGGUUAAGAGCGUCUGCUAAAUGACGUAAAUGUAAAUGUAUGUACUACGGAAUAAACUCUGUCUUCUGUGAUUUACCCUCCUGCGCCUGACUCCUUCAAAUCACACUCUCACAGUUGUGAUGCAGUAGUCACGACCACAAUCUCACAGAACUCAGUUAAAGACUGACUUUCUGACAAAUUAUCCUAUUUACACUUUGUAGCAAAUUUUGACAGUAUAGAAUAAAUGUGUCGGACUCAUAUCGAUGACACAUAGGCUGUUUUCUAAAUGAGAAUUUGGUUUAUAGGGGCGGUUGCUCUUUAUUGAGAAAGAAGUUGCUAGUUAUGAUGAACUAUUGUUACUUCUCUGUGCUUACCACAUGCGUAAGGUUACCAAAUUAUUGUUUAGAAUUCAAGCCAAGCUGACAUGUGACAUUAACUCACCGCCUGUCAGAGAGCAUGGGAGCAAUUAUAUUUCUCCUGACUCUGGGUCAGUAAAUGUUCAGCUUUUUAUUUGACUAAAAUAUCAUAAUUUCGUCUAUUUAAAAGCUAUAUAAUAUAUGUAUGUUUGCAGUUCAACCUUUGUUUAUGUCUCCACUUAGCGCUUCUCAAGGACCAUGGUCAUGGAGCUCCACAGAAAGGUGGAGAUGAAGCUAAGGGGAUUUUGUAUUAUGCUAUUUGUGAUGUUAAUGAUGAUGAAGACUGAUGGUGAUAUGAUAUAUUCAUGUGUAAUGUCUUUUAGACUUACAUUUUUUAAAUUAUUGUAUUGUUAGGUUGAUCAGUAAUAUUCACCUAAAUCAGCAAUUUAUAAAUAGCUCAUUUGUUCAUUCUCCAGCAUUAACCAGACCUUGCUCAAGAACAUUCAACACCAUUCACUUUAAGGGGGGUCUUUAUUCAGAAAAUAUGUAUCUAUUUUGACUUAAAUAUGAUCUCUGUCAUAACUUUAAAUACCUAUCUGGCCGUUCUCAUGUAGAUACAGUGAGGUAAAAAAGUAUUUGAUCCCCUGCUGAUUUUGUACGUUUGCCCACUGACUAAGACAUGAUCAGUCUAUAAUUUUAAUGGUAAGUUUAUUUGAUUUAUUGAACAGUGAGAGACAGUGAGAGACAGAAUAACAACAACAAAAUCCAUUGUUAUUCUGUCUCUCACUGUUCAAAUAAACCUACCAUUAAAAUUAUAGACUGAUCAUUUCUUUGUCAGUGGGCAAACGUACAAAAUCAGCAGGGGAUCAAAUACUUUUUUCCCUCACUGUAUACGUAGAUUAGUGUAAGGAUGCUGUCUGUAUGAACCUUGUGUGUGUAGGUGAGAAAUAACAUUAUUUUCCUCUGAUGUAUAGGGCUUUAAACCAAUAGUCUUAUGGCUACCUUGAGUUUGAGACGAGACAAAACCAGUGCUUUUAAAUGGCCAUGUAACUACAUUACACAUGUCAUAACGUUAUUUUGUAUAUGUUGUGUCAUAUAGAUAUCGAUGAGUGUAGUAACAACUCACUCAUCUGUGGGGACAAUUCAGCUUGUUUCAAUACUGUUGGUAGCUACUACUGUGAGUGUCUUACUGGGUUUAAGGACUUCGCUAGUGCCACUCGACAAUGCUUGGGUAAGAAUUCUGUCUUUAGUAUCAUCCUUAUAAUCAGACACUUUCACCCUCAUCUCUCCAUCUCCACUUCAUCCUCAUCAAUCUCAACACUCUCUUUCUCUUUCAGACAUAGAUGAGUGUGCUGAGAACCAACAUAUUUGUGGGGAAUGGGACAUCUGUCUCAAUCAGGUGGGUAGCUACCAGUGCAAGUGUCCCACAGGAUUCAGUAACUACAACUACAGACGAACUCACUGUGUAGGUGAGAGAAACAAUUAUUAUUGGGUCUUCUUGUAUUGGGUUUUGUCUAAAUAUUCUAAGAUGGCUACCUUAACUUGUCUGUCUUCCAUGUACUGGCUGACUGUACUGAACCACCAUAACAUUCUGUGUUAAGUUUUAUUUACCCCCUGGUCUCCAUGUUAUGUCAUCUAGAUAUCAAUGAGUGUAUGGCCAAUCCCCAAAUUUACAUUUUACAUUUUAGUCAUUUAGCAGACGCUCUUAUCCAGAGCGACUUACAGGAGCAAUUAGGGUUAAGUGCCUUGCUCAAGGGCACAUUUACGUCAUUUAGCAGACGCUCUUAUCCAGAGCGACUACAAAUUGGUGCAUUAACCCUAUAUCCAGUGGGAUAACCACUUUACAAUUAUACAAUUAUACUAAUAUUUUUUUUUUGGGGGGGGGGGGGGGGGGGGGGGGUUGAAGGAUUACUUUAUCCUAUCCCAGGUGUUCCUUAAAGAGGUGGGGUUUCAAAUGUCUCCGGAAGGUGGUGAGUGACUCCGCUGUCCUGGCAUCGUGAGGGAGCUUGUUCCACCAUUGGGGUGCCAGAGCAGCGAACAGCUUUGACUGGGCUGAGCGGGAACUAUGCUUCCGCAGAGGAAGGGGAGCCAGCAGGCCAGAGGUGGAUGAACGCAAUGCCCUCGCCUGGGUGUAGGGACUGAUCAGAGCCUGAAGGUACGGAGGUGCCGUUCCCCUCACUGCUCCAUAGGCAAGCACCAUGAUCUUGUAACGAAUGCGAGCUUCAACUGGAAGCCAGUGGAGUGUGCGGAGGAGGGGGGUGACGUGAGAGAACUUGGGAAGGUUGAACACCAGACGGGCUGCGGCAUUCUGGAUGAGUUGUAGGGGUUUAAUGGCACAGGCAGGGAGCCCAGCCAACAGCGAGUUGCAGUAAUCCAGACGGGAGAUGACAAGUGCCUGGAUUAGGACCUGUGCCGCUUCCUGUGUAAGGCAGGGUCGUACUCUCCGAAUGUUGUAGAGCAUGAACCUGCAGGAUCGGGUCACCGCCUUGAUGUUGGCGGAGAACGACAGGGUGUUGUCCAGGGUCACGCCAAGGCUCUUCGCACUCUGGGAGGAGGACACAACGGAGUUGUCAACCGUGAUGGCGAGAUCAUGGAACGGGCAGUCCUUCCCCGGGAGGAAGAGCAGCUCCGUCUUGCCAGGGUUCAGCUUGAGGUGGUGAUCCGUCAUCCAUACUGAUAUAUCGGCCAGACAUGCAGAGAUGCGAUUCGCCACCUGGUUAUCAGAAGGGGGAAAGGAGAAGAUUAGUUGUGUAUCGUCAGCGUAGCAAUGAUAGGAGAGGCCAUGUGAGGAUAUGACAGAGCCAAGUGACUUGGUGUAUAGGGAGAAAAGGAGAGGGCCUAGAACUGAGCCCUGGGGGACACCAGUGGUGAGAGCACGUGGUGCGGAGACAGCUUCUCGCCACGCCACUUGGUAGGAGCGACCGGUCAGGUAGGACGCAAUCCAGGAGUGAGCCGCGCCGGAGAUGCCCAGCUCGGAGAGGGUGGAGAGGAGGAUCUGAUGGUUCACUGUAUCAAAGGCAGCAGACAGGUCUAGAAGGACAAGAGCAGAGGAGAGAGAGUUAGCUUUAGCAGUGCGGAGAGCCUCCGUGACACAGAGAAGAGCAGUCUCAGUUGAAUGACCAGUCCUGAAACCUGACUGGUUUGGAUCAAGAAGGUCAUUCUGAGAGAGAUAGCAAGAGAGUUGGCUAAAGACGGCACGCUCAAUAGUUUUGGAAAGAAAAGAAAGAAGGGAUACUGGUCUGUAGUUGUUGACAUCAGUGGGAUCGAGUGUUGGUUUUUUGAGAAGGGGUGCAACUCUCGCUCUCUUGAAGACGGAAGGGACAUGGCCAGCGGUCAAGGAUGAGUUGAUCAGCGAGGUGAGGUAGGGGAGAAGGUCACCGGAGAUGGUCUGGAGAAGAGAGGAGGGGAUGGUGUCAAGCGGGCAGGUUGUUGGGCGGCCUGCAGUCACUAGUCGCAAGAUUUUAUCUGGAGAGAGAGGGGAGAAAGAAGUCAAAGCAUAGGGUAGGGCAGUGUGAGCAGGACCAGCAGUGUCAUUAGACUUAACAAACGAGGAUCGGAUGUCGUCAACCUUCUUUUCAAAGUGGUUGACAAAGUCAUCCACAGAGAGGGAGGAGGGGGGGGGGGGGGGGGGAUUCAGCAGUGAGGAGAAUGUGGCAAAGAGCUUCCUAGGGUUAGAGGCAGAUGCUUGGAAUUUAGAGUGGUAGAAAGUGUCCUUAGCAGCAGAAACAGAUUAAGAAAAUGUAGAGAGGAGGGAGUGAAAAGAUGCCAGGUCGGCAGGGAGUUUAGUUUUCUUCCAUUUCCGCUCAGCUGCCCGGAGCUCUGUUCUGUGAGCUCGCAAUGAGUCAUCAAGCCACAGAGCUGGAGGGGAGGACCGAGCCGGCCGGGAGGAUAGGGGACACAGGGAGUCAAAGGAUGCAGAAAGGGAGGAGAGGAGGGUUGAGGAGGCAGAAUCAGGAGAUUGGAGGGAGAAGGAUUGAGCAGAGGGAAGAGAUGAUAGGAUGGAAGAGGAGAGAGUAGUGGGAGAGAGAGAGCGAAGGUUGCGGCGGCGCGUUACCAUCUGUGUAGGGGCAGAGUGAGUAGUGUUGGAGGAGAGCGAGAGAGAAAAGGAUACAAAGUAGUGGUCGGAGACAUGGAGGGGAGUUGCAGUGAGAUUAGUAGAAGAGCAACAUCUAGUAAAGAUAAAGUCAAGCGUAUUGCCUGCCUUGUGAGUGGGGGGGGAUGGUGAGAGGGUGAGGUCAAAAGAGGAGAGGAGUGGAAAGAAGGAGGCAGAGAGAAAUGAGUCAAAUGUAGACGUGGAGAGGUUGAAAUCCCCCAGAACUGUGAAGGGUGAGCCAUCCUCAGGAAAGGAACUUAUCAAGGCGUCAAGCUCAUUGAUGAACUCUCCAAGGGAACCUGGAGGGCGAUAGAUGACAAGGAUAUUAAGCUUAAAUGGGCUAGUGACUGUGACAGCGUGGAAUUCAAAUGAGGAGAUAGACAGAUGGGUUAGGGGAAAAAUUGAGAAUGACCACUUGGGAGAGAUGAGGAUUCCUGUGCCACCACCCCUCUGACCAGAUGCUCUCGGGGUAUGCGAGAACAUAUGGUCAGACGAGGAGAGAGCAGUAGGAGUAGCACUGUUUUCAGUGGUAAUCCAUGUUUCCGUCAGUGCCAGGAAGUCGAGGGACUGGAGGGUAGCAUAGGCUGGGAUGAAGUCAGCCUUGUUGGCGGCAGAACGGCAGUUCCAGAGGCUGCCUGAGACCUGGAACUCCAGGUGUGUGGUGCGUGCAGGGACCACCAGGUUAGAGAGGCAGCAGCCACGCGGUGUGAGGCGUUUGUGUAGCCUGUGCGGAGAGGAGAGAACAGGGAUAGGCAGAGGCAUAGUUGACAGGCUGCAGCAUAUGGCUACAAUAAUGCAGAGGAGAUCGGGAUGAAAUGAACUAAACAUCAGGGAAAGGAGAGAGCAGGCCUCCCUCACCAAAAAAAAUAAAUAUAUAUAUAUAACUCUCCCAACUUCCACCUCAGAAACUAUAAUUGUUUCACUGAACCACCAGAGUAAAACUCUCCCAACUUCCACUUUAGAAAUUAGAAUUGUUGUAAACUACAGCAGACUGUUAUCAGUAGCUGUAAUUAAGUACAGCAGCUACCAACCACCUAACGUUAAUGCCUCGGAUGAGGUUAGAAAAACAGCUGAAUGGUAGCAGCUAGCUGGCUCAAUCACAGGUACUCUUAAGCAUGAAAUAACAUUGGAAACAAUUAACCACAGUUGCAAAAAGUUACCAGUAGCUACCCGCUAGCUAGCUAGCUUUGUUGGUCCAAGUAGUGGGUAGGCUAGCCUCUGUGAGGACCAUUCAAUUUGCCUCAAUACCAUUGGCAGUUACUAUUGUGAGUGUCUUCCUGGGUUCACAUUACAGCCCACAAAUAUUGCAACUGGACAGUGUUUGGGUAAGUAUUGUUUAAUAUGUGUGUGUGUGUGUGUUUGUGUGUGUGCACUGUUUCCUUGUCAUCACCCUAAUAUCCAUAUUUCUUCCUCAGGCGACUAACUCAUCUCUCUCUUUCUCUUUCAGACAUUAACGAGUGUAACACAGAAGGAGUAUGUGGAAAGGGGGGCAUCUGCCACAACCUGAAUGGCAGCUACUGGUGCCUGUGUUCUGCUGGAUUUACUAACUUCGGCAACAACCAAACUAAGUGUGUAGGUGAGAGACAAGCACCAUUCCACCUGUCGUCCAUGAUGCACUCCUUUGUCAUGCACGGGUCUGGACAUAGUGUACUGUAGAAGGGUAUUGAGAUAAUAUGUCUCCAUGUUUUUACUUUAGAGCUUAAUUGUGACCAGUAUGAAACACAGCCUGGUCAGGUAAAGUUUUACUUUACAAUUAUUACACUAAGAAUUGAGAAAAGGGUAUUUUUCCUUGAUCUUGAAAUGUUUAAUGCAUUUUUCCCACGGCUGCACAUGCCCCCCCCUCCCUCCCUCCUAGACUCUACCAGGCUUUGACAGUUUCGUGUCUCUGUUGAGAAACAACUGUUUGGUGUUGAGCAACUCUACAUUGCCUGGACCUUCAAGACAGCUGCUGACUGCAAAUGUGCUUUUGACAGUAAGUCACCACACAGAAACACACACACAUGCAACCACACACGUAUAAAACCCUUAUGUCUCUCUUCUCUAGUUACUUGUUAAUACCACUGAUGUUCUUCACCUGGGCGUCCAGUCCAAUGGUGAAGUGACUAAGUUACUGAGGACAAUUGAAAUGUCUAUCAGACUGAUCGCUCCACUGCUGACAGAGAACGUGACCAGGAUAGAGACCAACCACACAAGUAACACACACACACUGAACACACGCUGACCACAAUAUUUACCAUUUACUGACCACAAUCUGAACACCAUACUGACUGUAAAAGGAGCACUAACAAGCACAUUGGAUUGUUACAAUGUUCAAAUCAAAUAAAUGCAAUAUUGUGUUCUUUCAGUAAUGGUGAUUUCUGGUCUGUGUUGAUUUUGUCUAUCUUGAUAAACAGAGGUUGAGAUUAUGGUGAGGAGAGACAAGACUCCACCUGAAGGACCAGUCAGCCUGACCAAUGAGAACACUCAACUUGACACCACCUGGGAGACGGCGGUUGGAGAUUACCAGAAUUACCCAGGUAGCCGCGGUCCUACAGUACCAAUCAUCUCCUCAAAAUAUUAUUACAGGCACACAUUGAUGGAUUCGCUUGGGAUAUUGUUGCACAUGUUUUUGUAUCAGGCCUUAUGUUUUCUUUUGUUGUUUUUGGUGUGCAGGGUUUGCCUUUGUCGUUCUGCUCAGCUAUAAGAAUCUGGAUACUCUGAAGGACAGUUUUUCUCCUCAGAGCCAGCAGCUCAUGUCCAGUGCUGUGACGGUGUCCGUUAGCAACUCCAACACAACAAACCUGCCCCAACCGGUUAAUCUCACCUUCAAUCACCUGCAGGUAACACUUGUGUCUCUUCUUAAUAGUCUCUGGCUGUCAGUAAAAUAUGUUUUUCAUUUAUAUAUUUUGCAUGAAGUCACAUUUUUUCCUAAAUUGACUGAGUGAAAAUGGAAUGAACCCCAACUCAUAUAUACACUGUAUCCUAGUCCAGUGAUGUUGACCCCACCUGUGUUUAUUGGUCGGAUGAGAAUGGACCGGGGGAGUGGUCUGGGCGGGGUUGCACUUCAGUGAUGUCAAACUCCACCCACACUGCGUGCUCCUGCAACCAUCUCAGCACAUUUGCUCUGCUGAAGGGAAUCCAUCAGAAAAAGGUGAUGAUAAAACUAACCAGUUUCCAUCCAACUUUUUUAUGCGAGUAAAGUACAUGUCGGUUAAAAAAUGUCAUGACAGAACUGAUGGAAACAGAAAAUGUUUUGGUAAACUUUCAAAAUGUCAAGAAAACAAAAUACGCUAGACAAGGUGGGAUCUUUUUGUUUCGGUAAAAAUAAUUAUGCAAGAAAUGUAGGCGGAAACGCUUUUAUGCGUAAAUAUUGAUAUAAUAACCAUCAUAUCGAAGUAAAUUUGGAGUCACGCUAUGACGUGUGUGGUCCUCCCUCUACGACUCGUCAGGAAAGCAUGCAGUUUAUUAGGCACCAGAUUAAAUACAUUUAUGAUGAACUUCACAAGGUGGUAAAUGUGCAAGGUCAUGAGCUCUCCAAUAAAUAUCGAGGGUCUUAUUCUGGUGACAUGAUCAUCGAUGCUUGGCUGCAGUUUGACAAAUAAAACAAUCUCGCUUUUUUGUCCAUAAUAAUCUCAUGUAGGCUAUACGUGCACUCUAGCCAACAGCGCACAAAUACUUUAUCCGUAAACAGCGCUGUGGACUAGAGCGCAGGUGCCAAUACCGGAGUGGGCACACUUCCAAUAUCAGUAGAGUUGAAAAUGCCAUCGAAAGCCAUUAAACUUUUUUUUGGUACAUGGGAAUUUAACCGCAAAGUGUAUUUGUAUGUGCACUAUGUCAUCACGCACAGCCCUUUAUCUGUCAAUUUGAUGGAAACACCUCUCUGGUGGGAAAAUGUUUAGUGUUUUAAAGCGCAUUUUAGAAUAUUCCCAUGUAAAUCUGUCGCCAAUUGGAUGGAAACAUAGUUAGUGUAGCACAUCUGAAGGGGGAGAAAAUAUAUAUUCCCAGAUAUCUGUGUCAGAGACUUCCUUUGGUUCCACUGGAAAUGUUCAUGUUUUAAACUCCUAAAUGUAAGUGUUUGAUGCAUAUGUCAUAUUAUUUAAGUAUUUGAUGCAUUUGUCACAUUAUUUAGGAGAGUUUGAUGCUUGUUGAGUGCUGAUGUUGUUUUGUUCAUACUGUCUAGAUGGUGUGUCUAAUGCUUGUUAUUCCUCCUUGGCAGAGAAGCGGGCAGCUGUCGGUGGUGAUGUGGGUGGGCAUUUCUGUGGCACUGGCCUUUGUGGUCCUGUCCCUGAUCAUGUCCCUGUGGUGUCGCAAUUUCAGCCGCAAACGCCGUGGAGGACACCGGCUGCAACAUGAUGUACAGCUCCAUAGCAAA